AUGUCCUAUUACAACGUUAAUGAUUCGUUCCUUUGGUUUCUAAAAUGGUUUCGUCCAAAUUUUGUAGGUUCUCUUGAAGAGAGUUUGAAAGAAUUGAAGAAGAAACUAUCAACAGGGAACUCACAGACAGCUGCAUGGAAGAAAGUAAUUGGCAUUAUUUUCUCACUCUCAACUGAGGACGAAACUGCAGAAGAAUUAUUAGAAAUGGGAGGUAUUUCCACAUUGUUAGAGUUGCUACAUGAUAGUUUGGAUCCAAGAAUAUGUGGCAUUCUAUUGAACGUUUCUAAUAAUGAUGAAUGUAGAGAAGAAAUAGUUGCACAGGGUGGUGUUUCAGAAGUUUGUCGUUUAUUGAAGAAGAAAGUAGACGAAACUUUAGCAGUUGAGUAUGCAACUGGUGCCUUACUCAAUCUUGUUCAGGAUGAAAAGAGCAGAGAAGAUUUUAUCAAGUAUUCAAACAUCUUCAAGAUUCUUGGUCAAGCACUUGAAAACGAUCUUUCUACAGAAGCUCAAACUAAUUCAAUUAGUCUCAUUUCCAAUCUCAUUAUGGAUCGAGCUGAAUCCAUCAGAGACAAUGAAGAAAUGUUCAGUGCCAUAGCUUGUGGUCUCAACUCUCUCCAUUCUAAUAUCGUUUCGCUCUCAUUGAAUUGUGUUUGGAAUAUUUGUGUGGAAAGAGAUGAAGAAAUUACUCGAAAACUCAUGAAUGCAAAUAUUUUACCAGCGCUUGGAGAAGCGCUGUCAAGUUUGGAAGGUGAAGAUGCUGGAAAUUGUCUUGUAUGCAUGUCAAUGGUUAUGGAGCAUGUUGAUGAGUUGACUGAUGACCUUAAGGAAUGUAUCGAAGAAAUGAUCGAGUUGGUAAAUUGUGAAGAUUUAAAGAAGGCAACUGGUGCAUCGACAGCAGUUUGGAACAUUUCACAAAAUGAUUAUUUGGCUUCAUGCAUUUCUAACAAAACUCUUUCUUCUCUCUCCAAAUUACUUGAAAGCGUAUUGAAGGAAAAAGACAUAAAGAGCGUGGAAAAGGUUCUUUCAUGUCUGGUUACCUUACUCACUAAAGAAGAAAGUAUGGUUGAAUACUUUGUCAAUGACAGAAAUGGACUCAUUCAGGUGUAUAAACUCCUUGAAACGGAGAUUCUAUCAAUUCCAAUUUAUCAAGAAGAAAGCACCUACAGAAAGUGCUUGGAUUUUUCAAUCAUGAUCUCAUGUAUCUGUUCUGAAAUUAAGGAAGGAGAGAAGGCACUCCUUGAGAUUGGUAUUGUAACAGAAUUGCUUGAUUUGAUCACUCUGAAGCAGGUGUCAACAUCAAAUCCAAAGAAUAUCUGACAGCAUGCCUGUACAAUAUUUCGCUCAACAUGAAUGCACAAAAUUUAAUACUCAAAAUGGAUGCUAUUCCCUCACUAAUGCCUCUAGCACAGCAUUCAAACAAGAGAGUUUCUAAAAAUGCUACUGCACUACUCACUAAUCUAACAAAGAAUGAUGAAUGCAAAAACGAAAUCAAAGAGAGAGAAAAUCCAAGCUCUUUAAUUAACACUCAAAAUACUAAACAUAGAUCCCUAUAAUGUAAAUAAAGCUCUAACUAUUUAUUCAAAAAAUGACUGUGAAUAAGAUAGAGAGCUCAUGUUU